AUGAAAACACUUCUACUAGAUGAUGCAGCGUGGCAGAUGAAAUCAACACGAAGGUACUUCUAUGAGAGAGCGAACAGGAUCGACACUCCCUUGGCCAAAUUCUUAAGGCUGUGUUUGCAUUCUAAACCGAUAACAACUAUUAGAGUUGCUUCUAGAACUUUGGUUUCGGCUGCUGAUGAGAUUUAUAAAGCAUUUCGGGAAUAUUUUUCUACACUAUACAACCAAUUCUCAGAUUGGAAUGGGGAGAGCCCGGAGUGGGGGUUGCAGUUGAAAGAGUUUUUAGUUUCAUUGAACCUACUCUCUAUUCCCAUAGAUAUCUUAGACACUCUAGAGACAAGGAUCUCUAUGGAAGACAUAAAGUCUGCUAUUUUGUCCAUUAAGGGAGGUAAAACACCUGUUCUGGAUGGAUUUAGUGGCAGCUAUUACAAGAUUUUUUAG